AUGCCAGAGGAUUUGAAAUUCGUUUCUCACAUCCGCUCGCUCUUCGCGGCGCUUCAAACAGUCCCCGGAGCGUUUCUAUCCGAUCUCUUCACCGACAAUGCCCUGAAAGCGAAAUCUUUUCCCACGCCUGACGCGACCGCGCUUGCAGCCGCCGGAUUCCCUCCCGACAUCGCCGCGUCUCUUGGCAAUCCCAACCCGCAGUCCGAUUUCCUCGGCGUCUCCUUCCCCGGAGCUCUCAACCGUCGUUCAGUCCAGUCUAACCCGCAAAGCCUACAGAUGCCUGCCCCUGCAGCUGCUGCUCCUCCUGCCGCUCCUCCAGCUCCAUCUCGCCCAUUCGCGGGGAAUCAGCUGGCCGCCUCCUCGCCGUCGGAUCUCUUCAGCAUUCUCGGCAUCCCAUCCGACUGUCGUGCCGACGACCAGAACGCUUCUCGGUUCAUGGGCUCCGCGGCUUUGAAGCCGCCAGCGGACCCGAAGCAAGAAGCAGCGUCGCUGACCGAUUACCCGAGCACGGCAAAGCGAGCGAAGGUCGCUCCGGAGAGGACGACUCGAGCGUCCGUCGCCAUUAACCAGAUUCAGCUGAAUUUCUUCGACUCGGACCUCCCUCUCAGCGGUCCGACUCUUCCCUCCAACUCGCUGAAUCACAGCCCUGUGGAGCGCACAUCGCUGUCGUCCAGGCAAUCGCCUCCGACCGAAGCUUCCGCGCACGUGCUCGGCCCGUCUGGCGAGCUGCUGGGAAGAGCAGAGGCGGCCGCGGGAGCGGGAGCGGGAGCGGCGAAGCGGAAGGCGGUGGUGGAUCUGGAGAAGGAGCUGCGCAUCUUCCACGACCAGUUCCUCAACGACCAAUCGCUGUCCCUCGCCAACCUCCCCUCCAGGAGCUCCGCCGCGCAGAAGCCCAUGGCGGCGGGGAUUGGUUCUGCGUCCGAGCGCGCGCCUGCGCGGAGAAGCCUUGGUGUUGCCGGCGCUUUUGCGGGUCUGGACGAGCAGCUGCUCGCGGGCAUGACUGCUAGCGGCAUGACUGCGAGCGGCAUGACUGGGAGCGGCAUGGCUGGCAAUCGGAACGGGAACGCUGCUGCGCGGGCGUCUCAGUUCAACAGCACCGGCGGUGAAGCGCUGGGGGGUUCCUCCGCGUUUGGCGGCGCAGAUGAGCUCGCGCAGGCCCUCGGGUUGCACUUCACAGGGCAACUGCCCGUUGACUUGGCUGACCUCGCUGACCUGGCAAGUCUGGCGGACAUUGGCGCGAAUCAAGGCUCUGCCAACGGUCAGAUGGGAAGCGCAAUGAGCCGCGGCGUGUUCGACCAGGCAGGGGCUGUUGGAGGCGCCAGGUGCGGUGCUGAUGCCGGUGCGUCGAGGGGAGGGUUCUCCAUGACUUCGGGGCUGCCGCAACCACAAAAGCUGCAGCACAGGGCUGGAGUGGCCCCUGCUGUCGGUAGUGCUCUUGGUUUUGACGAACUGAGUGCGUCAUCGAGCAGGGCAGGCGCAGUGAACGGCGCUGUGGGGGCGGGGGCGCAAGCAGGAGCGGGGAUGGGGAACAGCCUGGCGGAAAUGGAACGAAUGGCGACCCUGGAAGCUCUCAUGCGGACGUCUGGGUUGCUGCCUCGCCUGAGCCUGGCUGAGCUGCAGCAAAGCCAGGUCCGCAGCACUCACAAUCCCGUGGCCGGAGCUGCUUCUGCAGCAGCGGAAGCGGCCAGUGCUGGUAUGGCGUCAGGCGCUAAGCUUGGGAGUCUGCCUGGGCUUCAGAGCAGGGCCAGCGUUGUUGCGAAGGCUGCGGGGGAUAGCGGAAGAGGUAUGAGAAGCGUGGAGCCCAGUGGGAAGGGCGUGUUCAAGUCUGAGGCUGCGUUCAAGGCCUUGCCAGAUCGAUCGGCAAACGCUGGCGUGCAGGAGCUCGGUGUGCCAGAGCUAUGUGGUGGUGGUGCCGCUGCUGCUGCUGCUGCUGCUGCUGCUGCUGCUGCUGCUGCUGCUGCUGCUGCUGCUGGGAAGGAUGAGAAGAAGGGGACGAAGAAGAGGGGGAGGGAGGAGAAGCCGAAGCAGAGGCCUCGUGAUAGGCAGCUGAUUCAAGAUCGCGUGAAGGAUCUGCGAGGGAUAGUUCCUAACUCUGAAAGGAUUGGGCUGGUGGUUCGCAAGUCAUCAGUCAAGUCCUCUGGUGGCCGUGUCAAGGCACACAUUAUUGCUGAGUGCAAGCAACCUGUGGAGUGCAUGGACAUCAUGUGGCAUGUUCUCCAGCACCUGAAGGAUAAGCUGCCAGAUAUGGCCAAUGUGUUUUCUGGGACUGAGAAGCCGAUGGAGGCAGGGAAGGUAGAUCCUGUCUUUGAUCCGGCAGAUUCGUGCUGUCAAGUGGUGUAUCAAGUCGGGGUCAUGUCUGCCUGA